UGCUCGGAUGCGUGGGGGCUCAGGGGUUGAACACCCAACAGAUGAUAUGAUGGGCUUCGGUGGCCCAGGUAUUGAUAGUGCAGGCCCACGGCUGACUCUUCCUAAUGGGGCUGUGCUUUCGGCCCAAGGACUGCCAGCAGGGGCUGGACGGGAGCAACUAGAGCGUGCCCUGGUGGUACAGGAGUCGGAGCGGCGCAAGAAGCUGCGAUUCCAUCCUCGUCAGCUGUACCUCUCAGUUAAGCAAGGAGAACUCCAGAAAGUCGUCCUGAUGUUGU